AUGGACCACAUACAGACUUAUAUUAGCCAAUACCUGGCUAAUGUCAAUGUCGAUGACCACAAGACAAACGACAUCUCCUCCAAAUUAGCUCAUUUGAUUGAAUCUCAUCAAAUCAAAUUAUUAGAUCUCGUCAAGGCUUUAGGUGACUAUUUAACCGCUGAUGAUGAUUCCCUAAGACCCAAAGCAACAAUGUGCUUAUCUCAAACUUUACAACAACUACCUAAAUCAACUCUAUCAAAACAUGAUAUUCAAGUAUUGAUUGGGUUUUAUCUAUCAAAAUUUGAUGAUGUUAAAUCAACAAAAGAAUCAUUAAUCGGGAUAAACACUUUAAUUCAAAUGGAUCAAUUCCCUCAAUCAAAUAUAAAACCUAUAUUGAGUGCAUUAAAUGAUCAAUAUCAAUCAACUCAACAUUUAGCAUCAACAAGAUUCUUCACAUUUGAUAUCCUAAACAAUUUAUUUGAAUUAUACAAUUCAACAAUCUUGAAAUUUCAAGAACCCUUCAUCCAAACUUUUAUUCAUAUUGCAUCUGGUGAAAAAGAUCCAAAAAAUUUAUUAAAAUCAUUUGAAUUAAAUUCCAAAAUAUCUUCAAAUCUAUCAAUUACAAAAUUUAAAGAUGAUUUAUUUGAUGUAUUAUUUUGUUAUUUCCCUAUAUCUUUCAAACCUCCAAAAGAUGAUCCUUAUAAAAUCACUUCAGAUCAAUUGAAAACAGCAUUAAGAACCGCAAUAGCUUCAUCAAAUGAAUUUUCUCAAGAUUCUUAUCCAAACCUAUUGGAAAAAUUAACUUCCACUUCACCAACUGUUAAAAAAGAUACAAUUGAAACAAUAAACCAAUGUGUUUUAAAAUAUGGUGCUGAAAACUUGGAAUCACAUCAUGUUGAAUUAUGGAAUGCCCUUAAAUUUGAAAUCCUACACGGAGAUCCAGAUGAUGAUGAAGAUCAAUUAUUCCCACCAAUCUUGAAAAUUUUCCAAAACAUGUCAUCCCAAUCCCAUCAAUUUGUGGAAUUGGCAUUAUCAGAACUCUCCCCCAACAUUAAAAACUCCACAAACAAAUCCAAACAAAGUUGUAUUAUCCUUGCCUCAUUAUCAUCCUCCACCCAAGAAAACUUCAACAAAAUCAUCCAUCCAAUCCUAACCCUCCUCCUAAACACCCCAACACUAUCAAUCCCACAACAACGCUCCCUCAUAACAAACAUCUCCUACUUCACCCAUGCACACUCCCAACUCUUCAACCCACAAUCACCACCAACACAAGAAAACUCCCUCUCCUUAUUCAAAGAUGAAUUAUUAAUCCAACUGGGCAAAUCACUAAUGUCCUCCUCACUGAUCGAGGUCUCCUUACGCACACUGGCCAUCUCUGAAUUGACAAAAUUGACAACAUUACAAGACUUCCUCACACCACAGGAACUGUCAUUAAUAGUGCAAUACUUCACAGAGACCGUGUUGCUCGAUGAUAACGAAUACGUGUAUGGGGCAGGCAUCGCUGGGUUGAUCAGUGUUGGUGAACAGGAUAGUGGUGUGUUGCUCGAGGUGACAUAUCCAUUAUUGGGUUCGUUAUUACCGGGGAAGGGCGUUGAUGUUGUGGUUAUUAAUGAAGAGGUUAAGCCAAGGGGUAAGAUUUUUGAAGUGAUUAGAGCUAUAACUAGAGAUGUUGAGAGUGUUGGGUUUGUUAUUGAGAAACUUGUUGGGAAGAUUGAUGAGGUUAAAGGUGAUGGUGAGUAUGAAGUGCAGAUUGUGGAUACGUUGUUGAUUGUGUUGAGACAGGUGGAAAAUUUGAAAAUUUUCAAUACUGAUGGAUAUCUUGGAUUGAUAAACAAGUUGGAAAUUUUCAGUUUGGAAGUAAAUGAUUCAGUUUUGGAUGUUUUGGGUGAUUUUAUUAAAUUGAUUGUUAUUUAUUCAACUCCUUCAAAACAUCAAGUUUUAAUUGAUGAAUGGAUUAAUAAAAUUGAUUUUAAUCAAGAGAAUAGAUUGAUUAAUAUCUUUGUCAAGAUUGUGGCUGGUGUGGAUAAAUCAAUUGAAUUCCCAAAAAUUGAUGAAUUUGUUGAUAAUUUGAUUAAUUUUAUUGAAAUUCAUCCAGUUUGGUUAAAUGUUUAUAAUAAAUUGGGAUAUUUACAAUUAUUAUCAAUUUUGAUUAAUAAAUUUGUUUCAAACGUUGAUAAAUAUAAAACUUUUUUGGAUGGUGAUGAAGAAAUUUCACCAAUAAAGUUGGAAAUAUUCACAUGGAUUACAAAAGCUAUAAUUUUGAAAAAUGAUUCAAACAGUGUUGAUUUCAUAAAUGUUUUAGUUUCUCACUUGUCUGAUGAAAAAUUUGGAAACUUGGUUACAAAAUCAUUUGAAAUUCUUGUUAUUGACUUGUCAAUUUUUGAAAAAUUUAAAAAAAUCAAUAAUAAUAACGUUAGAUUAUUAUAUAAACAAAAAUUUUUCCAAAUAGUUUCACCAAUACUUGUUUCAAAUUUCCAAAAAACAAAUUCCCUAACAACAAAAUCAAAUUAUCUUACAGCAUUAUCAUACAUUUUAAAACAUACAAAACGUGAAAUAAUUAUCCCUCACCUAACUUCAUUUUUCCCCUUAUUAUUACAAGCAUUAUCAUUACCAAAUCCUCAAGUUCGUUAUGCUUCAAUAAACACAAUCCUAACCACAAUUGAUGAAAUUCCUGAGUUAGUGGCAAGUCAUUUAUCUUCACUAAUUCCAAACUUAUUAAAAAUGGUUAAAUCUAAUGAUAAAUUAAACAAGAGUGAAGUUCGAUUAGUUUCAUUAAAUUGUUUAGAAGCGUUAACCCAUUGUAUUGAAUUGACAAAAUUAGUACCAUACCAAGAAAGAAUCUUGAAAGAGUUAUCACCAGUAUUGGAUGAUAAAAAGAGAAAAGUUAGAAAAGCUGCUGUUGAUGCAAGACAAGCAUAUUUUGAACUAGGUAGAAGUGUUGAUUAG